GAUUGAUAAAAACUCCCGAGGAGAUCCGAAAAGUGGGAAAUGAGUCAUAUAGGUAAAAUGGCGACGUGAGGAAUUUACAGAGAAAGAACUAGUCAUGAGAGCCUUCAAGAACAUCUCAGCCAUUUUGUUCAGCUUUUUAUGUAGUACAUGUUUAGGAAAACAAAAAGUCAUACCAAAUAGACCUCCAGGUAUUUAUAUGCAGCCAGACUUUGAUGUUUAUUAUAAAGAUGGUGAAUCUGUGAAACUACCUUGCAGGGCAGAUGGAGUGCCAAAACCAACGUACAGAUGGAAAAGAAAUGGUAUUGACUUGAAUCCCAGCGGUAAUGACGACCGUUUCGUCCAGCUCUCAGAUGAGGGAACCAUUGUUAUCAAUGCACCAGAAGAUAAAGAUGAGGGUAUUUUCCAAUGUAUUGCUGACAACAAUUUUGGAAUAUCGGUGUCCAUUAACGUGAACUUUAGGGAGGGAAAGUUGGAUGAAUUUGAAGUAGCAGACUCCGUUACACACCGUCCACAGCUAGGGGAGUCGGUCACUCUUAACUGUGUUCCUCCCACUAGCUUCCCCCCAGCUGAUGUUGAGUGGGUGCUAAAGACAGCUGAAGGUCAUAUUGAGCCUAUCAACUAUAACAACAGAAUCUCGAUGGAUCUGGAAGGACGACUGUACAUCACCAACGUACAAGCUCAAGACUACAAGGAAGGAAAAGCCUAUGUUUGUAUGGCCAUUAAUUACUUCAUGAGGCGAAACACAUACGACAAAGCCAACUACAUCGUCCCUAGUGGAAGCUCACCUGUUAAGAGACCUGCCGAGUACCUCUGGGCCUCACCUUCUGAUCACUUUGGUCUGAGGGGAGACACAUUCAAACUCAAGUGUAUUUUCAGUGGAAAUCCCACCCCAGAAGUGUUCUGGUUGAAAAAUAAGGCCGACCUUCCUGAUUAUUAUGAAGUCUCACUUGGAGGACAGGAACUGACGAUACCUAACCUGACAGAGGACGAUGCCGGGCCCUACGAGUGUUACGGCACAAACACCCAAGGACCUCGAGCCUUCAGAAAUUUUGUCAUCAGAGUGGAAUCCAAGCCAUAUUGGGAAGUUGAGCCAAAAGACGUUGAGACUAGUGUUGGGGCAGCUGUGACCUUUAUCUGCAAGGCUAAAGGUUACCCUGAGCCAAAAAUAGCAUGGCUCAUUAAUGGAAUCAAGCUGGAAGAAUCUAAGGUACCAAUAUUUCAAAGUGACAGAUUCCUGAAACCUGAUGCUAACAACUUGACCUUUGUGAACUUGAACAAAAAUGACCAUAUGGUCAUACAAUGUAAUGCCUCCAACAUCCAUGGUUACGUGUUUUCUGAUGUUUAUCUAAAUGUUUUGGAGGAAGAACCAGCCAUCAUUGUCCCACCAGCUCGCGAGCUUAAGGUCGCAGAAAGUCGAGAUAUCGAGCUGACAUGUAUCACCAGUGGAAAACCAGAACCCAUCAUCACCUGGAGAAAGGAGGGGGAGCAGAUAACGGGAGGAAGAUACCAAAUCCAACCCAACGGAAACCUUCACAUAGAGAGUGUCGUAUUGUCUGAUGCUGGUAACUACACGUGUCAUGCCUACAAUAAAUUUAACUUUGAUGAAGCCUGGGGAGUCUUGAUAGUCCGAGCCAAAACUAGGACUGUGCAGAGGCCUGGCGGGUUGGAAGUAACUGCAGGAAGUGACGCAAAGUUCACCUGCUCCGGAACAACAGAUUUCGCCGAGAUUAAGAAUCUGCGAAUUUCCUGGUUGAAGGAUAACAAACCAAUCACAACAAAUGACCAGAGAAUGACCCAGAACUUCCAGGAUAACUCCCUGACCAUUAGUGGUACCAUUGCUCGAGACUCUGGAACAUACACUUGUGUGAUCUCUAAUGGAUUGGAUAGUGCCACAGCAGGAGCCAUUCUGACAGUAAAGGAUAAACCAGACCCACCGAUAGGAGUGACAUUAAUUACCUGCAGUGAAACACAGGCAGAAAUAGGUUGGACCAAAGGUGCAUCUAACAAUGCUCCAAUUCAGUAUUUUAUAAUUCAGUACAACACAUCCUUUAGUCCUGACGAGUGGUUUAUUGGAGCCAAUAAUGUCUUGGCAACCCAGAACAAUGGGUUUGUCAAACUUACGCCAUGGGUGGAGUACAGCUUCCGAGUUCUGGCUACGAAUAAAAUCGGCGCCAGUGAACCUAGCUAUCACACAGAACAGAUCUGUAAGACUAACGCAGCCAGACCAUCUAAAAAUCCAGAAAAUGUCCGUACCAUUGGAGACAAGAGAAACUAUCUGAUAAUUGAAUGGACGCCUAUGCCCCCCAUUGAGCACAAUGGUCAGCAGUUCAAAUAUAUCCUGACCAUUCAGAGAGAGGGACAAGGCACCAAUGACAUCUCACCGGUCACCAUCUCAGAGUGGAGGACGUUCCGCUAUGAGAAACAGACUAACGAUGUCUUUGUGCCAUAUAUCAUUACAAUCAAAGCAAACAAUGAAGCUGGUGACUCAACUGCUCCAGUCCAGGAGGUCAAAGGUUACUCAGCCGAGGAAAUCCCCACUAUCACUGUGUCAGAGCUUACCAUAGACUCCACUGUCACAGAGUCCUCCGUCAUCUUCUACUGGGACUGGGAUGAGAAUCUAAAUACCCCACAGGCAGGCACCCCAGUCCAGGGAAUCUUCAGGGGAUUUAAGAUUCAAUACUGGGUCAGAGGUCAGAAGGAACAAACAUUCCAAGAAGCAGAGAUUCCAGUUAGUGAGCUCACUCUCCGAUAUGCAAGACGAAAGAAGCGAGCCAUCCAGUCGUAUAAAUUUACAUUGGAGGGGCUGCUUGGAUACCAGGAUUAUGAGGCACAGAUGAGAGUAAUGAACACGUAUUAUGCAGGACCACCUAGUGCUAUUGUGUCAUUCAGGACAACUCUGGGAGUAACUGGACCAGUGAGAAAUCUCCGUGUGGCACAGUCAGGAAGUAACUUUAUAAGGCUGGCCUGGGAACCCCCCGAGGUGGUGGAUCAAGCUUUUGGUAGUAACUGGUACAACCUGUUAUCUGGGUAUGACAUAGGAUACCAAACAGUGAGUGGUUUGGACCUUGGAAAUCUCCAAGAGAAGAUCCCAGACAUCACUGAUCCAAGGACUAAUGAUACAUUUGUAAAUGGACUGGUAUAUAAAACCAAAUACAGGCUAUAUGUGUGGCCUAAGAAUACCAAAGGUCGAGGGGAAGUGUCAUUUAUUGAGGCCUCAACCUCAGGACCUGCAUCGUCAAAUGCACCAUCAUUUACAAUGAAGGAUGUAAACCAGACCUUUGUUAAUGUGACCUGGAAUUUGAAAAUGGACCCCAAAUCUGGCACGGUCAUUUACAUUGAGUACAGAAAAGAAGGUGUGUAUGAAUUCCAGCGUACUCCUGAUGAGGUGGCCAAACAAUGGAGAGCGAUCACUGAACUGGACGAUGGUACUACAUAUGAAGUCCGUCUUGUCUUGACCGAUGGAAAGUCUCCAUCCACUAGUGCCAUUCAGACUGUCAGAACACUUGGAGUCGCAGCGGCAUACAGUCUUGGUGCAAACUUUGCGUGGUUUAUUGGUCUCAUUCUGUCUCUGCUGAUCAUCAUCGCAGUGGUGGUGUUUAUCAUCAUGUGCCGCAAGGUCACUAAACACCAACCACCACCCCAGUCCAAACUCAACGCUCCAACUCGAAGUGUGUCGGCCAUGUCUGGACAGGACGGUGAAUACAAUUACAGGUAUGGAAGUUAUGAGGGCAGUAUGCACAAGAAAAGCGCCUCUUCCUUGGAUAAGCCGUACUAUGACGAUUCUGAAGGGUACGACCGAUAUCGCGAUGGUUACGAUCAGGACGACCAGCCAUACGAUGAACGAUAUGACUCUCGGUACGAUGACAACGCUUACAACAAUCAUUAUUACGACGAUCGCUAUCACGAUGAUCGUUAUGAGGACGACAGGAGAGGAUACGAUGAUGAUGAUCGAUAUAGCGAUGACAGGAGGCGAUAUGAUGAUGACGACGAAGGCGGAUUUAGGGACAAUGACCGACGACCAAGCGAUAGGGAUGAUCAUUAUUACCCGGAUGAUGAUAGAAAUUAUGAACCUUACCAAAAACGCACCUACGAACGCACCCCAAGCUACGAGAAACGCCCCAUUGAUGACGUCGACUAUGACCAGUACAGGGAACCAGGCAAGUUUGAUCGUGACGGAAACCCGAUCAACACCCGCCCAAAACCGCCACCUAGCGGUGCUAACGGGUCUGGUCACGUGCCGGGAACGUCCAGUUUUGUGUAAAAAUGAAAUCAUUCAUUAUAAAUGAGAAUUUGAGGCUUCCACUUUUGCCACGUAAAACUGGAGAUUCAUUUAGCCUGGCUGAAGUUUACAACUUGUUCGAGACAAACUUUAUACAGAAGUUGUAUAUUGGAUAAUUAAGACUUUACCAAAAUAUUUUGAUAUUUAUGCCGAAAAAAUUUACAAGGGACAUGUUUCAUAAUCAAGGUUGAAGAUAUAUUACAAGUCAGAUUUUCUUUUAGUGUAUUUUUGUAUAUAUGGACUUUUUUUUUUUUUUUUACACCCGAAUAAUAUUUUUAUACGAAGUAUAAGUGCCAUUGUCCAAUCAUUAUGUGUAUAUAUAAUCAUUGUUUCAUUGUGUAAAUGGUUGCUUAAAUCGUAUUUUGUAAGAGUUGAAAUGAGAUGCAUUUUAUUGACAUUGAAUUUUUUAAGGGACCUCUACAAAUCAUUCCAUAUUUACAUUAUUAACGUGAUGUGUAUUUGUAUACUUUUAAUUAGAUGUAUAAUUAUAAAUUCCUGCUACAUUCCAUUAGUUUGUAGAAGUAUAUUUGUAUAGGCACAUUAAACAUAUCAGAUCGAAUUUUUAUAUCAAGGACCUGUUUCCAAUAAAUCUUUAACAAACAGA